UCCCUCCUCAGGGCUCCGUCUCUGUCCACCUCCUCGAAGACAAACUCCAUUUGGCGAUGCGGAAGGGAGAUUCCUCAGCUCUUCCAGUCAUCCUCCCCCUCCUGCGCGUGAUGUUACCAUUACGCACCGCUAAACAAACGGAGACGUGAUGAUCCGGGGCGAAUCCCUGACUACGUCACUGUCGCUUCCACAUAAAUAGGUCGAGCAGGAACCGAUCGUCAGACAGAAGUCAAAAUCUCUUUGUGGGACAAAGAACCUCGAUCACCUACAGGAAUUAUUGGAUUCUCUCCGUUUUACCCGACAGCACCGAAUUCUCGGUUUCGAAGCACAAUGACUCUGAACAAAGGCGACAAACUGCGGAACAUGGACAAGAGGAGAGGCAGCACUCCGUUCCCCAUGAAUCUACCCAACCUGCACCGAAGGAGCAUGCCCGUGGACGACCGCGACCUGCGCGCCACCGUGCCACAGACGGGCCAAACCGAAGACGUCUCCAACCUUUUGCGCUGCACCUCCUACUCCCCGAGGGAGCAACACCACCGGGGCAGCUGCGCCUCCAACUCCUCCGACUCCGUCAUCUCCACCGGCAGCGAGGCCGAGGACCAGGUGUACAAGGUGGUUCUCCUCGGGGAGCACGGCGUCGGCAAGUCCAGCCUGGCGCGCGUCUUCGGAGGAGUUGAGGAUGCUGGUCACGACUGCGACGAAGCAGGAAACACUUACGACAGAUCGAUUGUGGUGGAUGAAGAAGAGGCAUCCAUCAUGCUGUAUGACAUCUGGGAGCAGGAUAACAGCCAGUGGCUGAAGGAGCAGUGCAUGAGGAUGGGAGACGCCUACAUCAUUGUGUACUCGGUGACUGACAAAUCGAGCUUCGAGAAGGCUUCAGAGCUGCGGAUUCAGCUGCGCCGCGCCCGGCAGUCUGAGAACAUUCCCAUCAUCCUUGUGGGCAACAAGAGUGACCUAGUGAGGUCCAGAGAGGUGUCCGUAGACGAGGGAAGUGCUUGCGCCGUGGUGUUUGACUGCAAGUUCAUCGAGACAUCCGCAUCCCUUCACCACAAUGUACAAGACUUGUUUGAGGGCAUUGUGAGGCAGAUCCGUCUAAGGAAAGACAGCAAGGAGGACAAUGCACGCCGCAUGGCCAACUGCAGGCGUCGGGAGAGCAUCAGCAAGAAAGCCAAGCGCUUUCUGGGUCGCAUUGUCGCCCGCAAGAACAAGAAGAUGGCUUUCAGACAGAAGUCAAAGUCCUGCCACGACUUAACAAUCCUCUGAGGACGAGGCAGAACAGAAGGACUUUGUUUUUUUUGUUUUUUUGUUCUUUAGCCUCUGAAGACCAGAAGCUGUGUGUGUGUUUAACACUAACCCUGAAGGACUAAUAGCUCUGUACAGAAAUAUCUAUAUUUUUAUUUUUUAGAUGACAACCAAAAGCAGAGACUUACAAAUCAGGACAUGACUGGCAUUACUCAAGUCAUAUCACAACAAUGUUGAUGAUCUGCAUGACUUUGUAAGUUUCUUUUUGUUUUUUUUUGUUUGUUUGUUUGUUUUUUUGACCUUAACAAGUUGCUGUCAUAAUGUGUUGAGUAUGUAUGAAAAAUCCACAAGGGCUUGUCGUUGUAGUUGCAGAGUUGGCCUUGCUGCUGGGUUGUUCGUUGUACAUACUUUAACAUGAAUGACGGUGAAUGCAGCGUACAUCUCAUGUCCUAACGGACACGGCGAUCGGUCACGCCACACAGUUACACGGAAUUGCGUUUACUUGAAACGUGGUACGCAGGAUCGUGCCUCUGCCAAGUUACUGAAGACUGCUCAAAGCUGCGGAAAAAAUAAUAAAAUUCUGUAACGUUGUUCCGGAAUACUGAAUUCAGGUUGUGAAUGUAUGAGUAAAGCAAUAAGUUAUAUUGGAUUUGUGAACCUUGAUGUUAUUUGUAUACAUUGAUUUUGUUUUUUUCAAUAAAAAGUAAAAU